GAGGCGCCUUAACGUCCGCCGGCGCGAAGACAAAUGGCGUUGGAGAGAUCAGAAUGCCGCGCUACGCUGGACUCGGAAGUUCGAACUGGCAGCGGCUGCGGGACUCGAGAGAGAAAUUUGAGUUCAUGAAGGAGGUGCGUUAUGCGAUGUGGACGCGUCCAAGUAAGCACUGCGAUUACGUGGACGUGGUUUGGGAUUGCCACGAGCCGCCAUGUGGCUGGCAUGCUCCUCCGACGGGCCCUCUCUCGCCAACACUCUCUCGAGCGCUCUCGACGUCCGGCGCCCGACGCCUUCUAGACCGCUCCGGGUCCGCGCGUCGCCACAAGCUCGUGCUAUAUAGCCCCCGUCUCUUCCGACGGCAGCUAUCCUGAUUUCAUUCGCUUCUUGCCUUCUUUUCUCACACAACCUCAAGCAUUCUUCACAGCGCGCUUCCUGAGACACUCACUGCGGUUCUGAUCCUAGUCUUCGACAAUGCCGGGAGGUUUGAGCCUCGGGGAUGUGAUUCCCAACAUCACUUCGGAUUCCACUCAUGGAAAGAUCUCUCUUCAUGAUUACAUCGGCGACGGCUGGCUCAUCGUCUUCUCGCAUCCAGGAGACUUCACCCCUGUAUGUACAACUGAGCUGGGAAAGGUGGCCCAAAUGCAGCCAGAAUUUGAGAAGCGAGGAGUGAAGUUGUUGGGUCUGUCCACAGAUUCCGUCGAGGAUCACCAGGGCUGGAUAUCGGACAUAGAGUCUUACUCGCCAUCCGCUGUCAAGUAUCCCAUCCUUGCAGAUGAGGAUCGGAAGUUGACCGUGGAGCUCAACAUGCUGGACCCAGACGAGAAGGGCCCUGAUGGCAAGCCUCUGGCAUCCCGAGCCCUGCACAUUAUCGGCCCCGACAAAAGACUGAAGUUGAGCUUUCUCUAUCCUGGAACGACCGGUCGCAACUUCGACGAAGUUUUACGAUGUGUGGACUCUCUGCAGCUUGCCGCGAAGCACAGAAUCGCAACCCCCGUGAACUGGCAGAAAGGAGAUGAUGUUGUCAUUUCUCCAUCAGUCUCUGAUGAGGAUGCAAAGAAACAGUUUCCUCAGGGAUGGAACACAGUCAACCUGCCGUCUGGCAAGCCAUACUUGAGGAUGACUAAGAUCGAGUGAUUUUCAACUGCGAUGGUACACGUGUGCAUAGAUCGGGCCUUUUGAUGGAAGACUGUCACGAAAAGUAGACACCUAGGAUGACUGUAGUACACAUGUUUUGCUGGAAAAUAAUAUUAGCGUCUUGUACGUCUAUGGUCAUUAGGUUCUCAAGUGGUGAUAAGAAUAGUCCUAAGCGGCAUCUUCCACUCUUUAUACGAGUGUGAUAGAACUUAGACGUUAUGACUACUUUACUGUGUAAGAGAUUGUAAACACAUUUUCUUUAUAAUAUAACCAUUUUUGGAAGAUUUUAUAUUC